AUGGAAGUGCUGGCCGCGCAGUUUCAAGGCGGCGGAUACGUUGAAUUGAACGGCGAGGAAGGCAAACGGUGGGCACAGUCAUCGCGUUCCAUCUUUGGGGAUGACGACCGGGGCCACCGCCUCAAGGCUGCGCGGACUUCCUUCUUCAUCCCCAGCGGUGAGGUGGAUGCAUAUGGCAACACAUCAACCGUAGAGUUGGACCAAUACUAUCUCUUGGCGAAGAAGACUGCAAACGCGAUGGGCAGCACAAUGUCCACUGUUAGCGACUAUGCUAAGCUCGCAAGCAUUAUGACCAUAGAUGCCAAUGGGAACAGAGUCCAGACAGCCCCAGACCCCCUUGGACGGGCUGUAGGUGUUGCCGUUCUGGGGAACCAAGGGGACAGUACUGGGAACAGCCUGGAUGGAUUCAAAGGGGAAGUUGACCAACAAACACUGGAUGCCUUUUUCACGACGCCUUACGGAGAUACAGCCAGGUCCCUGCUUGCUAAAGUGAGUCAGCGGACGAUAUAUGACAUCGACUCUUACCGCCGGAGCGGCGUGCCUUCGCGAGCAGGUGUAUCAGUGCCGUGGCCAGGCUGGACUUCUUACCAAUCGCAAAUUCGACGUUCUGGGUGGGUGUACUGUGUCCACGCGGCGUACAACAUCGCAGGGCGAUUUGCGGCUCUCAUGUCGUUUAAGAAGGACGACACGGGGGCUGCUACAUCGUCGACCAAGAGCAUCAAGUACAACGCCAACGGCAUGAUCACCGACCUUAUGUAUGGUGAUAAGACGCGGUCGACAAAGACAUACGACGAGCAGACACAACGUCUUGUGGCCACAAGAACCAUUCGCACGACUUAUAACGCGACAAAAGACACGGCCAAGAUUGUCGUCAAUGACUCCGAUUCGACGCAAGAAUACCACUACGAUUGCCUCGGUCAGCUUGUACAAGCCACAGGCCGAAUCCAAGUCGACUCGCAGUCAAAACAUCUUACGCCAUACAGCUUCAACGACGGUAAGCCUGCUGGUGACUCGAAGACGAUUCGCUACACGGAGACGUAUGCCUACGACAAGGCAGGAAACAUGCUCACCAUGUCCAAUACCCCCAAUACUGCCGGGCACACUGGCUGGACAAGGACAUACACAUAUGCAGAGCAAAGCUGUAUCACGGCAUGGGAGACAGGUAACAGGCUUACCUGCACCGGGGUGGGCAAAGUGACUGAGGGGUAUAAAUAUGAGGGCGAUGCGGGACGGCAAGGCUGUAUGACGUAUAUACCGGGAUACAGCCAUCUCUCUUGGAAUGACGACGAUCGUCUGCAUUCCUUUUCGACGCAGAACGUUGGUGCGGAUAGUGGAAACAUACCUGAGAUGACGUGGGCAAGGAUAUUCAAUAUCUGCCCAUGGGGGACAUCUGCCGAUCCCAUGAGCGUAGUUGACGGAUUGAAUCUCUUCGCCUAUGUCAGGAAUGAUCCUAUCAACUUUGACGAUCCGGGCGGCACAAUCAAGAAUCGCAAAUACAACAGAUCACUCUCUGAGUCAUCAAGCCACGAACAGGCAGCGGGGAGCAGCGGCACAUUCUCCAGUCUCCGUGACAUACCCGCCACGGUUGCACGCAGACUUGGGUCCAGCCUCUUUGAUGCUAAUCCUCCUCCUCCGGUCGCCUCAGGCUUCAUCAGGCUUCAUCAGGCUGUGGCGCGCGACGGAUCAGGCGCGAGGGCAUCUGCCGAGGCGCACGCAAAUCAUCUAAUGAGGGCAGAUAAGAAAGCGUUGAUACAUAUGGAUGUACCGGAGAGUGUGCUGGCGAGCGGUACCGCUGGUGUGCAUAACUACGGCCCUGAGGCGAGGGCCCAAUGGCGAGAGAGAGUUCGCUACUUCUGGGCCUCUGACGAGAGACUCGCACAAGAGAUAAACAAAAUAACCGCCAGGACCAAAUCAAAUCCACCAUGA